AUGCCUUCCAAACACACAAAGUGCGAUAUUGUAACGCACAUUGACGCUCCCAUCCACUUUGCUGAGAACAAAUGGGCUCUCGACGAGAUACCGCUGGAUACACUGAUUGGAGACGCAGUCGUGGUUGAUAUGAAGGCAAAAGUAGCCAAUGACUCUGAUGCACAGCUCAUGCCGAGUGACCUGGAGGCCUGGGAGCGACAGCAUGGUAGAAUACCAGACGACUCAAUAUUGCUGCUGAACACUGGAUGGGGGAAGUACUGGCCAGACCCUAAACGCUAUCUUGGCACCGAUACACUCAACACAAGCUUGCUCCAUUUCCCGGGAAUGCACCCGGAUGCUGCUAAAUGGCUGGUUGACAAUCGCAAGAUCAAGAUGUUUGGCAUCGACACUCCUUCUCUUGACUACGGCCAGUCUGUUAAGUUCCAAACCCACGUGACCUUGUUUACCCAAAACAUCCCGGGCCUUGAGAAUGUGGCAAACCUUGACAAACUGCCGACCAAGGGCGCUGUGGUGUAUGCAGCUCCAAUGUUCAUCGCAGGCGGAAGUGGCGGACCUUGUAAAGUCUUUGCCACAAUCAAGAAAGAUGGGGUCAGCGGUGCUGUCGACACGAGUAUGCACCCAUAUCGUGCCCUUUAUUUUGGGUUGAUUUCUGUUGUGUUUGCACUUAUUUUUUAAGGCCCUUUUUUGUUUGUGCACAGUGAACAAUGAAUAAUGAACUAUGGAGCACAUGAAGGUUUACAAAGACUACCUAGUACUUUGUGGUACCCUAAAAACCUUACUGUCGAAUCCUUUGUAUCGCGACGCCGCAUUUUCAAAACAUCGAUUUGUUUUUGUCUUUUUGGAUUUUCUGUUCCGCCAGUCAAAUUAUUCUAUGCCAAUCAGAUUCUUGCCAUCUAUCGCCUAUUGCAGUUGCCUGGCUUUCCGUCGCGACACUGUCUGGUUUUCGUCCAGAGGAUAGCCAGGGAAGUGCACAAAGCUAGACUCGGAUUGGCUCAGAAUGGUUUUACUGACGGAACAGAAAACCAAAACAAACCGUGUUUCGGAUUCGACAGUAACGACAUAAAGAAAGGCACAAUAUGCGAAUUGAAUGUAAAGAAGGGCCUCAUCAUCCCCCAUGGGCUUGUAUACCGUGUUUAAAUGAGAGUCAAUACUUGGAACUACUACUAUGCUGCUAAUGCCUCUGCUGCUAAAAUAGUUGGAUUUAUAAAAAUUUGUAUUUCAAAAUUUGCAAAAUCUUUAUAAAAUAUAAACAAUCAACAAUCCCGGAUGCAAUUUGAUCUUGCAAAGAGUCAGAAGUCAUGUCAUAUGAAGUCAUAAUCUAUUAAAUCAAUAAAUCUAUAAUCUAUUUUAAAAGCAUUAUAAAAAUAUUACAAAAA